AUGCAGUGCAAUUACAAGUGGUUAAGUUUGCUGAAGCACCGUCCACCAAGCCACCCACUCAUUGAUGACACGACGACGGAGGAGUCGCUUUUGCUUAGACCUAGUCCAUCGACUGUGGAAAUCAAGUCAAAUUGUAAGGUUCCUGGGAGCUCUGUAAAGGAUAUACUAACUACUACAUAUUUUGUCCCACAGUUGUUGAAGCUAUCAAUCGUUGUGGCUUUGCUCAUACUAUUAAUUGGUGUGCAGCAAACAAAUGCCGGACAUCAAAAGAAGAAGAAAAUUGUCAUCCAUGUCCCGGUACACAAGAAGAUUGAAAAGCACAUACACACAGUGAUCAAACAUGUGCAUCAUCAUCAUACCAACAAUCCCAUUGUUCUCAAGGAGGAGAAGAAGAUUAUUCAUGAAGAAGUGCGUCCUAUUCAAAUACAUCAAACCAAAGAGCACAUUCACCAUCAUGAGAAGCAUGAGCACCAGCAUCAGCACCAUCACCCAAUCCAUGAAGUGGAAGUCGAGCCGGAGGAGGAACAUAUCCAUCAUCAUCAUAACUAUGAGCACAAGGAUCGGGAUGACUAUAUUGGUGCCGGAGGUGGCGGUGGUAGUGAUGGUAUUAGCAGCGAGGAGCGCUGACUAUGCGGGGCAUGCGCGGAGGAGUGCACUGAUGCCGAUGUAGACUGAAACCAAAAUCGAAACAAAACCAAAAACACCCACUCGAAAGGUGAUUUCCACUUUGUGAUUCUUUAGGGCUAAUAGGUAUGCAAGGGGAUUCUAUUUUUUUGUUUUUUUUUUUGUAUUUUUACAUUAGUAUAAAUAGUUUAAUAAUGGGCAAUGCAAAAUAAAAGAAAAUUUUUGUUUUAAA